AUGGAGGGUUUUAGAAGAGUAGUAAAUGUUUGUGGUUUUAUAGACCUUGGAUAUGAGGGCCCAGAGUUCACUUGGUGUAACCAAAGGUCAACUGGGGAAAGAAUUCGAUUAAGACUUGAUAGGUUGCUGGCUACAACAGAUUGGAAAGAUCAUUACAAAGAUACUAGGGUCCUCCAUGUGGUGGAUUCAACUUCAGAUCAUUGUGCUCUGGUUCUAACUAACCAAAGAAAUAUCCAAGGAAGGGGAAAGAGGAGAUUCCAUUUUGAGGCAACAUGGGUUAGACACGAUAAAUGCAAGGAGAUAAUUCAAGAUGCUUGGAAGUUUCAUUUAGGAUUUCAAACGGCUAGUGAUUUUGCCGAGGGUCUGAGAGUGUGUGCUGAGGGCUUAACAAGAUGGAACAAUUCAGACCUUAGGCAUGAUGCUAGAAUGAUAAAGGAGAAGAGAAAGCAACUGCAAGUUCUAAUCCAGGCUGACAGGGAUGGAAGUAGGGGAGAAGAAAUUAAUGCAAUAAGGAAGGAAAUAAAUGAAAUGUUAGAUGAUGAAGAAGUCAAGUGGAAUCAAAGAUCCAUACUUUACUUCAUUCCCAACUAG